GUCAAGGCAGUCACCAAGUCCCCUCACGGGCUGCUGGACGUGACGGUGACCUCCUCGGUCAUCGCGUGUCCCAUGGGGACACAUGCCCAGGUGGCUGCCGUUUCCCACCGCAGGGCGUGCGGGUGGAUGCCAACGGCCACGUGGUGGUGGACAAGUACCAGAACACCACCAGGAACGGGGUCUACGCGGUGGGGGACGUCUGCGGGAGAGCCCUCCUCACCCCAGUGGCCAUUGCAGCUGGCAGGAAGCUGGCCCACCGGCUCUUUGAGGGCAAGGAGGAGUCCUGGCUGGACUACACCAACAUCCCCACCGUCGUGUUUUCCCACGGCACCGUGGGCCUGACCGAAGAUGAAGCCGUGGCCGCGCACGGGAGGGAAAACGUGAAGAUCUACA